AUGAAAUUUUACAAAUUUCUUGGUGAUCUUAAUCAUUUUUCUGCAUGGUUAACACGUACGAAAACAUUAAUUGUCGGCGAAGAUAUACUAAAUACUUUAAAUGAAGCUGAACAAUUAUUAACUCAACAUCAAACGAUAAAAGAAGAAAUUGAUCGUUAUGAUCCAGAUUAUACUCAAAUGAAAGAAUAUGGUCAUCGUGUUAUACGUGAUGCUGAUACAACAAAUUCUUAA